CCCCCAUCCCAUUGCACAUCAACCUCAGCAUAUCAACUUUCGCGCUGAGAGGGGCGACCCAGUGCUUUGAAUGAUGAACGUUGGCAGGCCCUCGAGAGUCAAAUUUCCAUCCAGGAUCGCGACUCAUUUACCCCGCACCCUCGGCGUCAACUCUCGUAGGCUGUUUGCCGUCACCUCACCCCGGAACUCAUCGAUAGCCUCACAUAAGAUGGAGUCGAAAAGAGUCGCUGUGCUCUAUCAAGCCAUAGAUCCUCCUGUCAUCAAUGGGGUGCGCAAGCCGAUGAAGCCUGGUGGAUACCGCGACUCAGGCGCCGACAUCGCCUUUAACCUUCAAGCUAGCAAGUCUGUCAAUGCGAUCACUCCAGUCUCGACGCCCUCACCAGAGAAAGAUACCGAGUGGUGCUUCCCAGAUACCGAAGAAGGGAUUCAGGACGCUGUCAACAAGGGAGCGACUCAUCUCUGGGCCAACACAAUCUUAUUCGCAUCUCACCCACUGGAAACUUCCACGUCCCUCGGCAGUGUUCAAGAUACACUCAAAGUCGUCGGACAUGGGCCUCUUGUGGUCGAAAAGUACGAUGACAAGGAAUACGUGAAUGAUUUGCUUCGCCGGAUCGGUAGCUUUACGAUGCCUCGCUCCUGGACAAUCCACUCCGACCCAGCGGUAGCAACAAACAUUGAGCAGCUCGAGUUGCCGUUCCCAGUUGUCGCAAAACCCAUUCGCGGACGGGGAAGCCACGGCGUUCGAGUCUGCCAAAGUCUCGAGGAUCUCACCGCCCACAGCAAAGUCCUCUUCCAAGAGUCACCGAGCAUUAUGUUGGAAGAAUACCUCUCUGGUGAAGAAGCCACCAUCACCGUGAUGCCUCCGAAUGGUGAGAAAAAGGACUACUGGUCCUUGCCCAUUGUCACGCGCUUCAAUCAUCAACACGGGAUUGCUCCCUACAACGGCGUGGUAGCGGUCACUGCCAAUUCGAGGGUAAUAACAGCAAAGGAAGAAGAGGACCCUGCGUAUGGACGAAUCGCGAAGGAGUGUGAGGCAGCAGCGAGGGUAUUGGGCGUCGCGGCUCCCAUUCGCAUUGAUGUGCGACGAUUUUCUGAGACUCCUGGGUCCGACUUUGCUCUAUUUGACGUAAACAUGAAGCCGAACAUGACCGGCCCUGGACGACCUGGACGAGACGACCAGGCGAGCUUAACACUUCUGGCAGCUGAAGCACUGGGCUGGGACUACCCGGAGCUGUUGAGGCAGGUGUUGAAUACAUCCUCAACUCUGAAAAUACUGAGGGAAUUGAAGCCGAUGGAAAAUUGA